AUGGAAGGACAAAUUAAUAUAUUAAAAGACCUUCAACAAGUAAUUCAAAAAGCCUUUACUAAUUUUAAAAAGUGUCCAAAGGAUAGACUUACAGUAGAAUAUAUACAAACAAGGCUUGAAUUAUUAGAAAAUGAUUGGUCUUCGUUUAAAAAUACUAAAUCUCAACUUUAUGGUCGGUUUAAGUUAGAAGACAUAGGUCAAAAGGUUGUCGAUAUAUAUGACACAACCGAAGAUACUUACAUAUCAUGUAAAUGUUUAAUGAAAUCAACGUAUAGUGUAAGAGAACCGCUACCACAAGACAGUGGAUGUAGUAAUAAUUCUUCUAAGCAAUCUAAUUCAUUUGUAAAGUUGCCCAAGACAACAAUUCCUACCUUUUCUGGCAAGUACAGUGAAUGGACAUCUUUUCACGAUCUUUUUAUUUCACUUGUACACAAUAAUGCAUCUUUAGAUAAUGUGCAAAAACUGCACUAUCUUAAAAGCCACCUCACUGGUGAAGCCGAACAGUUGAUUAGGCACACACCAAUCACAGAUGCCAAUUACCGCGAAUGUUGGUCUCAGUUAGAAAAGCGUUAUGCAAAUAAAAAGUAUUUAACCAGUUGUAUUUUAAAAAGAUUGUUCGGCCAGAAACGCUUACAUGUGGAAUCGGCUAACUCAUUAAAGGAGCUGCUAGAUACCACGAGCGACUGUUUAAAUGCAUUGAAAAAUUUGAAAAUCGAUGUAAGUACAUGGGACGUUAUUGUUAUCCAUAUAGUGACGUUCAAAUUAGAUAAUGAAACACGAAAGCAGUGGGAGUUAAGUGUUUCUAAUGACUCCAGCAACGAGUUGCCCACCUUUGAGCAGUUUCGGAUAUUUAUUGAAAGUCGUUUUCGCGCUUUAGAAUGUAUAGAGCCGAGGAAGGCUGUGGCUCACCAGAUCAAUAAUAGUUCUCACGUUCUUAGUUCGAAAGCAAUGCUGGCCACAAGGUCGUCGAAUAUUCGUUGCGAAUUUUGCUCAGAACUUCACAAGCUCUGUUUUUGUAAGCAAUUUGCAAAACAGUCCAUAGAAAACAGACGAGAGUUCGUAGCAAAAAAUAAAAUAUGUUUUAAUUGUUUAGGCGGAAAUCAUACAGUUUAUGACUGUAAAAAGCAGAAUGUCUGUAGAGUUUGCAAAAAGCGCCACCAUUCCUUGCUGCACCCUAAUAGAGAACCUAACGCUGAGAAUAAAGGCCAAGAUUCUACAGUAAAGUCCACUAUCGACAACGCCAGUUCUUCAAAUAGUGACAAUCAGAUAGUUACAUGCUUAUCUACGGGCAAAGUCUUAAAACCCAGACAGGUUUUAUUAGCCACUGCAUUAAUAAAGGCAGAGUCCAAGAUAGGUGAAUUUCAAACAAUUCGAGCCCUACUUGAUCAAGGAUCACAAGCAUGUUUUAUAACAGAGGCCACUGUCCAAUUUCUUAGGCUUAAGAAAAUUCCAGUCCGAGGUCACGUUUCAGGUUUAGGAGAUAAUAAGUCAACCAUUGCUAAUUAUAUGGUAAAUUUAAUUAUUAAAUCCACUGUUGAUCUUGAUUUUCAACUUCAAAUAAAUGCUUACGUCUUGAGUAAGAUUACAUCAUACUUACCUGAGAGAAGUGUGAAUACCAGUUCAUUGGAUUGGAUUGAUAUCAACGGUCUUUGUUUGGCAGAUCCUUAUUUCAAAACACCUAAUAAAAUAGACAUUCUUUUGGGUGCAGAUGCUUACUGUUGCAUUAUGAAGGAAGGUGUAGUAAAGAGUCCGUCUGGUACUCUAAUAGCGCAGAACACCACCUUAGGGUGGAUCCUUUCCGGUGUAGUCAGUUCAAGCAAUGAGAGUUCAAAACACCACACAAGAAAUUUAAGUAUGCACUGUACACAGUUCAAUGAAGACAAUAUUCUAAAGAAAUUCUGGGAGAUAGAAGAACAAGUUAGUACAAGGAAAUUACUUAACCCAGAAGAGCAAAAAUGUGAAGAAUUUUAUAUGAAAACUACUAAGAGGGAUGAUACAGGCAGAUACAUUGUACGUUUACCAUUUCGAGACGAAGAUCCUGCAUGCAAGGCCGGAAGUUCCCGUGAAAUAGCUGAAACAGAUUCAAAUCGUUAG